CUGCGCUACAGAAUGCGGUUAGCAUGAUUCGGGUUCGGUCGACCAGCAGAACGGAAGAUGCAAACCAUAAAAUGGAGAUGGGCCAACCGGUCUGCUCGUUCUCCUAAGUUCUAUCAUUCUUGUCGCUCGCUUUUAAUGACAGAAAGAUGAAGAUACAGGUGGUUCAAGCUGUGGUCUUCAGCACCGUCUCGCUGUGGGCUUGCACAAGUCAUGCGCAACAACAGCAGCUGGAGCCCAGGAUUGCCGUGAAACUCGGUCCAGAAGCGCAGCAGAAACAGCAAGCCGAUCCCAGCUUCAUCGCAAGCCUCUUUCAACGAGCAGAACCGCAGGGGUUUGCGGCCGCACCCAAGGUUACCGUCAACCCGCUCAUCGGAGCCGAGCGGUCAGCAAACAUUUCAGCAAGACUUGCACGCGCGGCGAAGCGAGAUGCUAGCAUCCAAGCGCCGAGCUUCGACGCAUGGUAUCAGGUUCAGGUCGGAUCUCGGCCCGGUGAGCAGGUCCGAAGAGCCACAGAGCCAAAAGACGGUCUGCCGCAGGAUAUUGUGGAGUUGGUCCACGCGCUUCACAAGCUCCCGGACGUGGAAAGCGUCCACGCGCUGUAUGCUGCGCCGCCUCCUGCGAUUGAUCCCAGUGACGAUCCGCGAAGCUCGAACCAGGGGUACCUGAAUCCGGCGCCGGAGGGCAUUGAUGCCCGCUACGGCUGGGGGUUUCCCGGCGGUGAUGGGGCGGGCGUGAAUAUUGUGGACAUGGAGCAGGGCUGGAAACUUGACCAUGAGGAUCUGGCGGCCCAAGGUAUCACGUUUAUUUCGGGGCGCAACUACCUCUACUUUACGCACGGCACCGGAGUAUUAGGCGAGUUGUUCAUGGUCGACAACCAGAUCGGCGGCGUGGGCAUUGUGCCGGGAGCCAGGGGCAGGGUCAUCUCCCAGAUCCGUGACAACUGGUACUACAACACGCCCGAGACCAUCCUCGAUGCGGCGGCGCACAUGAGCGCGGGAGACAUCCUGCUGCUGGAAGCCCAGGAAUGGGAUCCGCGGACCGGCACCAUCUUCAUGCCCGUCGAGGUGGCCGACGCCACGUUUGAGGCCAUCAAGGUAGCAACGUCUCUCGGCAUCAUCGUUGUGGAAGCCGGUGCGAAUGCCGCCGUGGACCUCGACGCUUACACCGACCUCUCGGGCAAGCGCAUCUUUGACCGGUCCAGUCCCGACUACCGCGAGUCUGGGGCCAUCAUGGUGGGCGCUUCAAGCUACACGCUGCCUCGCUACCGCUGGUAUGGCACCAACUACGGGUCCCGGAUCGACGUGCACGCCUGGGGCGAAGGCAUCGACACGACGGAUACGGACGAGAAAGCAGCGGAGCACUGGUACACCAGCUGGUUUGGCGGCACAUCCGGCGCGUCUCCCAUCGUUGUCGGCGCGGCAGCUAUCAUCCAGGGCAUCUCGCAGGCAACCCGGGGCGUCAAGCUGUCGCCCUUGGAGAUGCGGGAUGUCCUCAAGAUCAACGGAACGCCGAGCAACGAUCCUGCAUUCGACCGCAUCAGCGUCAUGCCCAACCUCAGAGCCAUCAUCGACACACUCUUUGACAACAACAACAACACCAACCAGACCACCGACAUCUACAUCCGCGACCACGUCGGCGAUGCGGGCGACACCACUUCCGGCACCAUCUCGGCCAGCCCGGACAUCAUCGUCCGCCAGCAGCCCAUCGCCAACCCGGAUCUCGCGCUCGGCCCCGGCAGCGGCACCGAGUCCAACCCGUCGCUCUCGCAGCCCGUCCUCGCGGGCCAUGACCACUCCGUGUACAUCCGCCUCCUGAACCGCGGCACCGCCGCCGCCGCUGCCGGCUCCACCACCGUGUCGGUCUACUGGUCCGAGCCCGCAACGCUGGUGACGCCCAAUAUGUGGCAGCAAAUCGGCACCGUGACCUUUCCCUCUAUUAUCCCGAGCGGCAAUGUUACUACUAGUAGUAGUAAUAGUACCCUGACGGUCUCGCCGCGCCUCGACUGGCCUGCGUCCGCCGCUCCGGACACAGCGGGGCACUACUGCUUUGUAGCGCUGGCGGGUACACGCAACGACCCGGUGCCUGUUGUGCCGACGACGUUUCCGGACUUUGCCAAAUUUGUGAGGGAGAACAAUAACGUCGCCUGGCAGAAUUUUAAUGUCGUUUCUGCUCCGGCCAAUGCGAAGGACAGGUGGCAUCGCUUUGCUGUCGCCGUGCCCGGUGCGUGGGAUGGGGACAGGGAAUUUACCCUGAGGGCUGUGGGCAAGUUGCCCCAGGGUUCCAAGGUCCGGUUGCAACUCCCCAAGGACCUAUCUAAGGCCCUAAGGGUUAAGGGCGGGUGUGCGGAGAAAGAGGCGGUCACCAUCGGGUUGCACCCCGGAAAGACGGUGACGGUGGGCAAGGGGACUUUGGGGAAGGGGAGCUUGGCCAGGUGUGAGUUGCAGGUGCGGGUUCCGGAGGAAGUGUAUGGGACUGAGGGCGAGGUGGAGUUUGCGCUGGUGCAGGAGUGGGAAGGCGUUGAGAUGGGGAGGGUAACCUGGCGGUUCGGGCCCGAGGCCGAGUUGUGA